AUGCAUCAAAGAAAAUACACUUUGGAGCUUAUUUCUGAAUUGGGAUUAAGUGCUGCCAAGCCAGCCUCUUCACCUAUUGAUAUCAAUGUCAAAUUGACUACAAAAAGGUAUGAUGACCACUUCGUAAAAACAAGAACUGACACAACUGUUGAUUCCUCUACUGAUCAACAUGCCUACCAGAGAUUAAUUGGAAAGCUACUAUGUUUAACUAUGUCUAGACUUGACAUCUCAUAUGGUGUUCAAACACUAAGCCAGUACUUACAUCAACCAAAGAAAUCAUACAUGGAUGCUGCAAUGAGGAUUGUCAAAUAUGCGAAGAAGGAACCAGGAAGAGGCAUUCUACUGUCAAGCAAUAAGUCAUAA